UUUAGAUGUUCAUUAAUGUUAAGAUUUUAUUCAGUUUGUUUAUAUAUUCUUUUUUAAAGUUUUAAUUAACAAGUAAACAAAAAUGUAUUAUUGCCCUUUUUGUGUUGAAACUGUAGCUACUUUAAAGCUUUUGAAAAUACAUUGCAAAUUAAAGCAUUAUACAAAAAGUGUAUCGACAUUUACAUGCCGCCAAGGGCCAUGUUUUCGUACAUUUAGCGACAUAUAUUCAUUCUUUAAACACUUAUCGCGGAAACAUAUCGAAAAAAGCUAUGCAGAGAUCAAAUACGAGAAAUCUGAUAUGUCUAAGGACAUGUUGCAGUGUAGCGUUGAAUCACCGUCAUCUGCUGCAUCUAUCGCUAUAUUAGAAAAUGAAAAUAGUGAGAUAAGAGUAGAGAAUAAUGAUCGGGAUUUUUCCUAUUUUUCAGUCGAUCAAUUUGCAGACAGUGUAGCUAAAACUUCCGCUUCUUUCGUAGCCAACUUGUAUGCGAAUCCGUCUUUAACACCUUCGUUUGCCCAAGAGAACAUUCGAUCCGUUGAGCAGCUUUUUAAGUGUGUAAAUCAUCUUCGAGCGAAGUAUCAAGCUACUUCGCUGCAUGUAGACCCUGAUUUAGUAGCAAUGUUCGAAAUUGUUGAAAACGCUUUCAAAGAUUAUUCAUCUGAAUAUCGUACAAUGCAAAAUUUUAAAAAUAUCAAUUGCUUAAUAGAACCAGAAGAAGUACCCAUUAACAUGACGUUUAACCCUAAAAUGAUAAAUCAUAGCCGACAAAUGCAUGCAACGCAUCGAAAAUUUUGUAUUAUAUCUCUGAAAAAGAUUUUCAAAAAUAUUCUAGAACUACCGGGAGUAUAUAGGCUUUUUCUUUCCCACAUUCAAAAAUCAAAAGAAAGUAAUUCAGUCACAAAUUAUUUACAGGGCGAACUGUGGCGUUCAAGCGAGCGAAAGUACGAUAAUGUUGUAUUAUCUUUAAUUCUAUAUUUUGAUGAUUUGGAAAUUAAUAAUCCUCUCGGGACUCAUCGGGGUAUACACAAACUUGGCGUAGUGUAUUGUACUAUUGGUUGUAUUCCUGAAGAAUACUCUAGUCAGCUAGAAAACAUAUUUCUAGUACAGUUACACAAUUCUGACGAUCACAAAGAAUGCGGAAACAAUUUGAUUUUUUCGAAUAUUGUCGAACAGAUCAAAGAACUUGAAACGGAUGGAAUAAUUAUUUCAACUGAAAAUUCUACUGAAAAAGUUAACUUCGCUUUGUUGCAUAUUUUCGGAGACAACUUAGGUCUCAAUACUAUUUUAGGAUUCACUACGAGUUUCAACUCUGAUUAUUCAUGCCGGAUCUGUCUAUCAGAUAAAACAACUUCACAAUCUCAAGUUGCUGAAGACUUUAAGCUCAUACGUACGAUUGAAAGUUACAUGAUAGAUGUGACAAACCGCAAUAAAGGCAUUUGCGAAGAAUGUGUUUUCAAUUCGACUCUGAACUUUCAUGUUCUUAAUAAUAUCAGUUUUGAUCCAAUGCACGACAUCUUCGAAGGAGUAUGUCGUUAUGAGUUAGGAAAAAUGUUGCAAAUAUUUAUCAUCGAUCAAAAAUUAUUUUCAUUAGAAACGUUAAAUCAUCGAAUUCGGUAUUCUAAUUACGGAUCGCAGGAUUCGAAAAACAUUCCGACUCUUAUAACUACGCGAAUGCUCUCAAGAAAGGAUUCAUUAUAUACUCAGCAGCGGAAAUGGCAUGCUUUUUGUAUUAUUUCGGAUUAUUAAUUGGCGAUUUGAUCUCAGAAAACAAUCAGGUUUGGAAAAUUUAUAUAUUUCUUCGUAAAAUGGUAUCAAUCAUCUUAUGUCGGGAAAUAACGAAUAAAAACAUCGAUUUGUUGUCAAAGCUGACGAUUCAACAUCACAAAUUAUACCGCAAAGUUUUCAAUGAAAAUCUCAAAUAUAAGCAUCAUGUUUUACUACAUUAUCCGCGUGCUAUGCGGCUAACGGGGCCUAUUCGAAACAUGUCGUGCAUUCGGUUCGAGGCAAAACAUAAAGAAUUAAAAGCUACUGCCAAAGUUGUUACAUCGCGGAAGAACCCUUCUUAUACUUUAGCUCUCAAGCAACAGCUGCUGUUAAACUAUCGAUUCAUUUCGCAAAAAAAGUUUUGUAAACGUGUCGAAAUGGGAAUUAUAUUAUGUGAUCAACUGGCAAAUAUGGAUAUCUUCGAUGAUUUCAAAAGCGUCGUGCCUUGUGAGCUUAUAAAUAGAGUCAAAUGUGUUUCGUGGAUAGAAGUUAAUAGUACGAAAUAUAAACCAAAUAUGAUUAUUCGAAUGGAUAACGGUAACCACAAUUUUGGUCAAAUACAAUUUACUUUAAUUGAUGAUAAACAUAAUGCAUACUUCAUAUACAAAAUUAUAAAUACGGUACAAUUUAUCGAACAUUAUUAUGUCUAUAUGGUUACAGUAUCGAAUUUUUGGGGUUUUGUACCUCAAACAAAAUUAGUUGAAUACGCUCCGUUAAGUAUUCAUCUUUCUGCGGACGGUACAAGUUAUGUUCCAAGGAUACCUUAGAUAUUUUUAUAAAGUUAUUUUUUACUGUUGUGUUUUUCAUAUAUAGCACAGCUAUGUUAAAGUAUAUGUAUUAAAGUAUAUGUAUUAGUCUGUAUAUCUAAAUAAAUAUAGUAUAUGUGAUAUCGAUAUAGUUAUAUUUUAUUAAAGCAAUACAUUUUUGUAUUGCUAUCAAUUGUAUGAAAUACAAGAUCCGUCAAUUUAAUUACUCAUCUGUAAUUACUAUCAAAUUGAAUUAAUAAUAUUUUUACUUCUCUGAAAUAACGGUAUAUUCGUCGGAAUAACUUUUUUUGGUGAUAGAAUAAGAUAUUGCCUCCAAUGGAAUGCGUUUUUACUUGCAGUAAACGAAUAUGAAAAUUGAUCGCAACAGCGUGGGAUUGAGAGCAUUGCAUCGAGUAUAUUUCUAUUUUAACGAAAAGUAGAUAAGAUUGGCUCGAUUAA